ACUUUUGCCCUCUUCCUGCUCCUCGUUCUCGCCAUCUGGCACUAUCUUGAUACUUCUAGGCAUGACUCCAGGGAACCACCGUCUGUGAGCCCUUCGAUACCACUCAUUGGCCACUUUCUGGGAUUCUACCAGCAUGGGGUCAACUAUUUGGACCAUCUGAGCCAUCGCACAUCAUCGCCUGCGUACACUCUCAGCAUGAUGGGUCAGAAAAUUUAUGUCGUCACGUCCCCAGGCCUGUCUCACGCUGCGCUCAAGUCCAAGUCAAUGUCCAUGGAUCCUCUGAUUGCGAAGACGAGCAGUAACAUGUUGGGACUAAGUAAGGAAGCCGGGCACUAUUUUGGGCUCGACCAUGCCGGGCUUUACAGAGAUACCCUGGCCUUGAGAGAGCGGCGCGAGGAGUACAGUCACUCCCUCGCCCCUGGUCCAGGCGUAAAUCUACCAGCUCAGCAUUUCUCAGACGCAGUGGCUGAAGCAGUUAAUGCUUUUGGUACCGAAUGGGUAACGAGAGACUUUUUCAUAUGGGUGCGGGACGUCAUUACCCUAGGCACCGGCAAUGGCUUAUACGGCCCGAAAAGUCCAAUGGCUGUUGACAAUACUCUCAUUCAAGACAUAUGGACAUUUGAUGAGACUCAACUACGGCUCAGCUGGGGUGUCCUGCCCCUUCUCGUCGCACCCACCGGCGUACGAGCCGUUUCUAGAAUUUCGCAGGGCUUCCAAGACUUCAUUCGAAAUGGAAGGGUCGAGUCUGCUAGCGAGGCCGUCAAGUCGGGGAUUGCCACAGCCCUCAAGCUGAAUGUAAGCAUCGAGGAUUGUUCUCGUAUCGAAGUGUUCAAGAUUUCCGUUGCUACGGUGAACACAGUGCCUACAACUGUUGCCAUGAUACAGAAUAUUCUCGCCAAGCCAUCUCUGCUACAACUCCUACGUAAGGAGCUUGCAGCCGUCCUAUCUAUACACGAUUCUCCCGCCGGUCGUGAGGCCGAGCUUGACGUCGGACUCAUUGAGGCGGAGUGCCCGUUACUCCUUGCUUGCUACCAGGAAGCUCUCCGCGUCGGCUCCACGCCCACAUGCAAUCGGGUCGUUCUGGAAGACGUCGUGCUGAACGACCCAGAUACCGGUCGUCAAGUUCUCUUCAAGAAGGGCUGGAGGGUCUGUAUCCCAACAUUCCUCCUGCACAACCGAGACAGCUUCUGGGGCGGAGACGCUGAGACUUUCGGGCCCGAGAGGUUUCUCCCCGGCGGUGUUGGUACAGACAAUCAUGGGAGAGUCAGGACCCAGGGAUUCGUCCCAUAUGGCGGUGGCGCCCAUUUGUGUCCCGGUCGCCACUUGGCUAAGAAGGAGAUCCUCGCCGCAGGCGCGUUAAUGAUCAUGGCUCUCGACUAUGACGCAGAGAAUGGGUUUACGGCGCAGAAAUAUACAUCCAGCAAAGGGGCAAAGAGACCAGUUGGGUUGAAAAAUAUCCGCAUAAGGCGGCGCAGUGGAUGGGAGAGUGUUCACUGG